GCUCGGCUCCUGCGCAUGCGCCCCCUCCCGGCCGCGCCCCGCCCCUCCCCGGCGCAUGCGCAGAGGCGGUUGUCGCGCAGCUCGGGGCCGCGCAUCCCGGGCCGCGGUGCUGGGCCCGGCCCGGCUCGGCUCGGCUCGGCUGGACGGGGCGGCGGGGGAAGACGGAGGAGGAGGAAAGCGGAGGGGAAGGGCUGUUGCGAGCGGCGCGGCUCGGCGGCGGCGCCCCGGCGGAGCUUUGUGUUAUUCUUGGAAAGUUUCGCACCACUUGUGAAUUCCUUGAACCUUGGCAUUGGGAGCCCACUUCUGUUGGGCCCUCCUCCUUUACAGCUUGCACAAAUUAAGACCCAGUUGGCUCUUCAGCAGUUGACCUCACUUGCCACCAGCAGCUCUGCACCCCCUCAUGCUUGGUUCAACCAGGCAUUGCUGAAAAGCACCAUGUUUAGCCCUAGAGGAACUUUACCUCCGAGGCCGAGAGGACCUAAUCCAGCUGGCACAAAGCCUCCGGGAUCCUUUCGGGGAGGAGGUGCAGGAGGUCUUCAGAGAAAGCCUGCAGCUGGGACACCUCAAGGAGCACCACAAAGAUUUUCGGGACAGGAGUCGUUUCAGUGGACGGGUUCCCAGAGGAUAAACGUUCGGGUAACUCUGCACAGGGCUGACCCCAGGCAGGUAAAGGAGAAGACCAACCUCCACCAGGAGCAGAAGGGUGAGCCCCACACGAGCUGCUGGGACAGCAAUCCCCGCCCAGCUGUGACAACUGGACAGAAGCCAUCUGCCUCGACACGGAUCCCGGAGCAGAAUUCCAACGCCCAGAACCGCUACACCCCCGAAAGCGCUUCCAGCAUCUUGGCGAGUUUUGGGCUGUCCAACGAAGACCUGGAGGAGCUGAGUCGCUAUCCAGAUGAACAGUUAACGCCCGAAAACAUGCCCCUGAUCUUGAGAGAAAUCCGGAUCCGUAAGAUGGGCCAUUCCUCCUCUCGUGUGCACCCCCAGAGCCGAGGGGAAGAGCCCGUUGGUGGCCCGAGUGGGGCAGCAGUCAAGAGCAAAGUGAUUGAUUAUGGGCACGCCAGCAAAUACGGUUACACAGAAGAUCCUCUGGAAGUGCGUCCCUACAAUCCCGAGGCGCUGCCUGCAGAGCCUCUGGAGCCACGUGUCUAUAAUCCCGAAGCACCCAGCGGGGAGAACAGGGAGGACUUCCAACGAGAGCAGAACAUGUCCAUGAGUGUCUCCUCCUCGAGCGUGACGUGCAAUCCGGUGUUUCCAGUUGAAGAGUUAAUAAAGCCGACGGGGUUCCAGAGUGAUUCCUCAAAUGCUCCAUCGUUCUUUCCAGCGGAGACUCCAGGAAAGGUGUCCGGAUUGUGUGUGGCACCCUCUGGACUCACCGUGGUGACAUCUGUCUCCCAGCCUGCAAUACCUCUGGUCAUGCCACCCAUGGUGCCACCUGUCUCCCAGCCUGCAGUGCCACCUGUGCUGCCACCUAUGGUGCCACCUGUGUCCCAACCUGCUGUCCCUCCAGUCAUGCCACCUAUGAUGCCACCUGUGUCUCAGCCUGCAAUCCCACCAGUCAUGCCACCUGUGUUGCCACCUGUCUCCCAGCCUGCAGUGCCACCUGUCAUGCCUCCCAUGAUGCCACCUAUGAUCACCCCCUUGGCACCCAUGCUGGCACCUGUCAUGCUGACUUUUGUCCAGCAGUCGAUGACCCAGCACGUGAUGCCACCAAUAAGCCACCCACCUUUUUCACCUGAACUCCUUGCAAAACUCAGCCAGCAUGAGAGAAGCCAGCAUGAAUCUGGGACAAGCCAGUCGGUUGCCCCCAGUGCCCCGGGGGCAGGACAGAAGCCCUUCCAGCCCAAGGCUGAGGGGCCCAUUAAAUCUCCUUUUGGGAUCGUGAAGGCAUCGUGGCUUCCUGCCUUUCUCCAGGCUGAUUCCCAGAAGAUACAAAGACUGCCCACCCCCUCAAUGAUGAAUGACUACUAUGCCACAUCUCCAAGAAUAUUCCCACAUAUGUGUUCUCUGUGUAACAUUGAAUGCACUCAUAUGAAGGACUGGAUUCUGCACCAGAACACUCCUUCCCAUAUCGAAAGCUGCUGCCAGCUCCGGCAACAGUACCCUGACUGGAACCCUGAGUCUCAUUCCUCCAAGAGAAAUGCUGGCGAGAGAAAAGAGAACCAGACCCCCAAGCGCCGCUCCAACUCGGCCAGCCCCAGCCCGCGCCGCUCCCGCUUCUCCAGCUCCAGCCAUGUCCCACGCCGCUCCCGCUCCCGCUCCCCUGGGCGCUUCCGGCCAGCCAGGCCCCGCAGCCGCAGCCCGCGGCAGAUGCGGCGGCUCAGCCUGAGGCACAGGUCGAGGUCACCCCAACGAUCCAGGAAUCCCUUGAGGACUCAUUCCCGGGCUCGGAGGUCUUCCAGUAGCGACCGGUCAUCGAGGAGGCCGACGCGAUCUCAAGACAGAAAGUCAGCUCUGGAGGAAGUAGUGAAAAGUUUGGGGCCUGGCUUUGUAGCAGAGUACAAUAAACAUAAGUCCCUCCAAGCAGCUGGGCAGGGAUCCUCGGGGUUGGCAAAGUCCUCACCCUCCCAUGGAACCUCAGGGAAGAAGCCUGGGAAUGUGAAGAAGCCACCCAAAACAAGUGGUUCUCUGAAGGCUUCCAAGAAAGACGUGCCUUCUGUGUCUGGGUCAAGCUCAUCUCCUGGAACUGAUGAUUUACCCCAAAGCAAAGAAACAGAAGAGAAUGAAGGGGGUUCAUCCACAGAGCCCAGUGCCCCUCGACCUGUUCCCUACAAUAGGCUGUUGAGAAAGGAAUUGCUCUCUUGUGGGACAGUCCUUCAAAUAACUGGCCUCCCAGAUGAUGGCUUUUCAGAUCAAGAUAUUAAAAAGAUCGUUCAGCCAUUUGGCAAAGUCAGUGAUUUCCUGGUACUUCGCUCUAAAAACAUGGCCUUCUUGGAGAUGAACUACAAAGAAGCUGUGAUAGCAGCUGUGAAAUAUGGGAAGACGGUGCCAGUGCUGGUCAAUGGGAAGCAGGUGAAGAUUAGUGUGGCAGAGAAGCCAAAAGUAUCUUCUGGCCAGGCCAAAACAAGCAUCAGAAAAAAGGCUCAGAGUAUUAAAAAGGUUGCACCAAGUAUAAAAAAAGAGAAGAAAACCACCAGCAAGACAACUAAACCCAUUGCAGGUAAAAAGGAGAAGACUAAGAGACCAACAAAGACAGGAGUUAGCAAACCCAAGAAAACUUCAAAUACUGCAGCAGCAAAGCCUGUAGCUGCAGAAUUUCAGACCUCAGCAGAAGCUGAAAUGGAAGCUGGGGACACAAAGCUGCCAGACCCAAAGAAUGUCCCAGAAGGGGACAGAGUUCCUGUGUCUGUGAAGACAGAAGAGGCUGAGCCCGAAGAUGGGGCUAAACCCCCAGCUGCACUGGAGGUGCCUCACGUGGCAGCACUGGAUGUGGAUGGGUUAAAUCAGCCUUCAACUGAUCAAGCUACCAAAGUGACCUCAAAGAGUGAAGAGCCACCAGAACAAGCCAACAAGGAGCUGGAUGAUACAUGUGUGGUGGUCAUUUCAAACUUGCCUGAGAAAGGAUAUUCUGUUGAGGAGGUUUCCAACCUGGCAAAGCCAUUUGGGGGACUGAGGGAUGUGCUGAUUUUAUCAUCUCAUAAAAAGGCCUAUAUGGAAAUAAGUAGGAAAUCUGCAGAUUCCAUGGUUAAAUUUUACACCUGCUUCCCAAUGUCUCUGGAUGGGAACCAGCUCAGCAUCAGAAUGGGGCCUCAGUGGAGCACUGUCAGAGAUGAAGAAGCAAUAUUUACUGCUAUAAUUAAAGACUCUGACCCCAAGGUCAACACUGAAACUCUGCAUAACCAGUUUGUGCACCUGGGGAACCUGCCAGCUGAUGGCUACAGAGAACUUGAAGUAGUUUGUGUGGGACUUCGGUUUGGGAAGGUGGAUCAUUAUGUUGUGCUGAAGAAUAAAAACAAGGCCAUUCUCCAGCUGGAUAGUCCCAAGUCAGCCCGAUCCAUGUACAGCUUCCUGAAGCAAUAUCCCUACAGCAUGGGGGAGCACACCCUGACCUGCACGUUGUCACCCCGAGGAGAGGCUGCUGAGGCUGACCCUGUGGCAGAAGAGGUGAAGCCAGAGGAGCCCAGCCCAGCAAGCUCUGGCUUGAAAAAAUAUCCAGAGGGAUCAGGAGUGGUGCAAACAGCAGCUGCUAAUCCUCCAGUAGAGCCCAGUGUGGCACAGGAAGGACCCGUUGCCAUCUGUCAUGUCAAGGACCAGAUGUCAGCAGUGCAGCUUGAGCCCUCUGAGUCCCAGCUGGACAGAGCGCUCAGGGAGUCACCAGCACAGACAUCUGUGGAGGACCUGGAUGCUGGAGUAGAAGCUACUGUGGUGUCCAUCAAACCCACCAGUACCCAGUCACCUGAGGGGAAGCCAGAAGAGAUGCAGCCGCCACCUGCCAGUGUGCAGGAAGAGGAGGCAGUUAAAGACAGUGCCCACCCAGAGCUGUUGGAACCUGCUGCUGUGUCUUCAUCAGAGAAGGAGAUCAAAGAGAAAGGUGAAGAGUUGCCUGCUCCCCCCGUUGAGCCAGCACAAGAGCUGUCUGAUGGGGGCAAGGCUGAAGAUGUGCCCUCAGAUGGUGCAGCAGGGGGACACCUGGGGGCUGUCCCUGAGCCCGUGCCCCCCGGGAGUGAUGCAGCUUCAGUGAAGAUGGUGUCACCGGUUGUCACACCCGCAAACCACAAGUCGGAUGCUCCUGAAAACAAUCCUGUUUCUGAUCCUGUGAAAACCAAAGAUGAAAUGCCUGUAACUCAGAUAACAGAGAAGAAACCCAUGCUUAAAACUGGGGCAGCUGAGGAGAAGAAGCUGGACGUUGCUGGAGCAGACACAGAGGUGAAACCAGAAGAGUCUGCCCUCAAAGCUGGAAGAGCUGCUGAAGAGAACCCUGACAAGCUUUUGGUCAAGGCUGGGGCAGAGACAGAGAAGAAGACUGAAAAAAUUGUGGCCAGUGUUGGGAUUGCUGUGGAAAACACUGCAAAUGCUGUCAGUGAGAACAGUGAGGGAAGUUUAAUCAACACCCAGCAAAACAAAGAGACAGGACUAGCAAAAACUGAUGAAACCCACCAACCAGUUACAUUCAACUCCUCUUUAUCUGCCAAGGAACCCUCCUCUGUUGGUAUAACACUUUUAAAGGCAGUGGUGUCUCUCCCAGAUAUAUUGAAGUCAAGGGUUCCAGUGAGGAGAAAGAAGCCUUUGCUGUGCAAAGGAGGGGGUAAGAAAGCUCCCUUGAAACCUAAGCCCCAAGGCCAAGCAGUGGUGGAGAAGAAGAUGGCCCACAAAGAAGAGGACCAUCCACAACCUGGGAGCAGCCAAGCAAGUCCGGGAGAUGGCAGCAGCAAAUGUAAAGUGAGCAGAAGUUCUGUUGGUGGUGGAAAGGGAGGCAAUGGGAGGAAUUCAUCCCAGCAAGAGAAGGACUCCCGAGUGGAAUCUAGGGCUAGUUCAAAACAGUCUCAAGAGGGAGAGAGUAGAUCAUCCAGCAUGAAGACAGACAACAGCAGCAAUAAGGCUCCUGUGGGUGGCAAUGCUAAGGCUUCCAGGAGUGGCAGCAGCAGCAGUGCAAAGCAGAAAGAGGAAGAAGAGCUGUUUCCAUUUAACCUGGAUGAGUUUGUCACCGUGGACGAGGUGGUGGAGGAGGUCGAGUCUCCCGUGAAGACACGGCGAAAUCCACCCAGGGUGAAGAGAAAAGUUGGUGCUAAAACCACCUCCUCGUCUGAGCCUGGCUCCAAGAGGAGGAAAGGGAAGAGCUCGGUGGCACGUCUGCCCGAGAGUGAGCUCUCUUUUGUCACUCUGGAUGAGAUUGGGGAGGAGGAGGAGGUGGCUGCCCAGCUCAUGGCAGUGACUAAUUUGGAGGUGCUCAGUGACCCGCAGGGCCUGGUCGUGGUGGAUGAAGUGAUGGAGGAGGAGGAACUUCUGUCAGAAGCUGUGAAGGACCCGCAGUCGCUCGUUACGUUGGAUGAGAUCUCUGAGCAGGAGGACCUUGGUUCUCGUAAAGGUGUCCCCGGGUCUGCUUUUGAGGAGCAGGAUUUGAAAGCUGAGCCCUUGGUGACUGUGGAUGAGAUUGGGGAGGUGGAAGAGCUGCCUCUGAACGAGCCGACGGACUUGAGCCUUGAGGAGGUGCCGAAGCAGAAGGACAAGGUGGCUGCUGAGAAGGCUGGAAGUGGUGCUUCCUCUCAGGUGCCUGAUGAUCCCAGUGCUCUGUUGACAGUGGAUGAAAUCCAGGAGGACAGUGAAGAUAACCCCCUGGUGACUUUGGAUGAGGUUAAUGAAGAUGAAGAUGAUUUUCUGGCCGAUUUCAAUCGUCUAAAAGAGGAACUAAACUUUGUGACAGUGGAUGAAGUUGGAGAGGAGGAUGAGGAAGAAGAAAACACUUUACCAGGGACAAAUGUGAAAGAGGAUGAAGACAAGGAAGAUUCUGUUGCUGUUGCAGGACCAGAAGAAGAGGAAAAUGCUGCCAUUGCAGGACCAGAAGGGGAGGAGGUUGUGGCUGUUGCAGGACCAGAAGAAAUGCAAGUUCUGAGAGAUACGAGUCCAGAAGAAGAAAGGACUGCAACCCCAAAGUCAAAAGUGGAUCAGCUGGGAUCUGGAGAUAAGGACCCAGUGUCUAAGCAGAAGAAAAAGGCUCCUUCAGAGGCAUCAAAGACACAGAGUACCCCAAGAGAUCUGGAUUACCUGCUCCCAAAGGCUGGCUUUUUCUGUCAGAUCUGCUCGCUCUUCUACGCAGAUGAAACCUCUGUGAAAAACCACUGCAAGACAGCCCUUCAUCAGCAGAACAUGGAGAAGUUCAUGGCCAAGCAGCAGCAGCAGGAGGAUAACGAUGGGGAAGAGCAGAGUUCCAGGUGAUGGGAGGAGAGGAGAAUCCUCUCAGUGAACUAAACUUAGGGUCCAGUCAAUUUUGUGUAUUUUGUUAUGAGUUCAUUUGUAAUUUUGUUCCAGAAAGAAGCUUUCAUGUUGUAUAAAGUUGAGCUCAGCAUAGACAGACUAAAAGAAAAAAAACAAACCAUUUGGUGGCUUUGAUUUGUAUAUCAAAUCAUGGGGGUUGGAGGAGAUUUCUUUCACAAGUAUCAACGUGAAAUAAAUGUUCUUACUGUAUAGUUACCACCA